GACAAUUUUUUUGUAACGGGUGGCACUCCAUACUCAAUAUGCUUACAUUUGCACCUCAUAAUUCUUUCGCACGCUUUUCGAAAAUGAAAUUAUGGACGACCGAUAUUUCGCUGCAUUUGAAUUAACUUAAAUCAUGAAAGCGAUAUCUUCAAAAAAUUACAUCUGGAUUGUCCUUGAAAAAUUGAUACAAGAGGCGCAGUGCUGUUACGAUGGCAAACAAAGUGAGAACAUGAUGGCAAGUUUGUGGUAAAAGAAGAGGAUGAAAGACAUAUUUCUCCGUCGAGAGGAGAACUCUGACAUCAAGGAAGUUCUUUUCCAGCUUCAGAAAACGGCUUGUGAGUCAAGAGACCUUUCGUUUCACUUCCACCAAAAUGCUUUGGGUAUUGAUGCUGAAGAGGAUAUGUCUACAAGUUAGCAGGAUACUUUCUAAAGCUAUGUAUAACAAGGAUCAAUACCAAAGAUAAAGGAUCAGGACCAAGGGUCAGGAUCAGGGAUAGGAUCAGGGAUAGGACUCAGGGCCAGAACCAAGGAUCAGUACUAUGGACUCCGGACCAAGACCAAUGAUCAGGACUAGGGAUCAAGACAAGGACUAAGGAUUAGGACCAGGGAUCGGGAUCAGGACCAAGUACCAUAUAAUGUAGAGUACAAGGAUCAGGGUAAGGACCAAGGAUUGGGACGAGGACUAAUGACUGAGGAUUAGGACGAGGACCAAUGACUGAGGAUCAGGACCAUGAUCAAAACCAGAUCAGGACCAGGGCCAAGAACUUGGAUCAAGGACCAGGACCAAGUCAAGCAUCGGGACCAAGUACCACAGAAUGCAAAGGAUCAGGGCUAGGACUAAGGAGCAGGACGGAGAAGCAGGGCCAAGGAUCAGGACCGACAAGCAGGACCAAGGAGCUAGACAGAGCAUCAGGACCAAGGACCAGGGCUGAGGAGCAGCACCAAGGAUCAGGACCGAGGAGCAGGACCAAGAAUCAGGACCGAGGAGCAGGACCAAGAAUCAGGACCAAGGAGCAGGACCAAGGAUCAGGACCGAGGAGCAGGACUGAGGAGCAGGACCGAGGAUCAGGACUGACGAUCAGGACCAAGGAGCUGGACAGAGCAUCAGGACCAAGGACGAGGACUGAGGAUCAGGAUCAAGGAACAGGACCAGGGCCAUGAAGCUGGACAGAGAACUAGGACUGAGGAGCAGGACCAAGCACCAGGACAGAGGAUCAAAGAUAAGCAGAAGGACCAAGGAUAAAUCAUCAGGACCAAAGACCAAGGACCUGGUACCAUAGAAUGCAAAAGACCGACCUCAGUGGGACCAAACCACUUCAAGAAGUGCAGGAUUGGAUUCAGUAGCCCCUCUGCCAAGUGGAAGAUGCCCCACCUUGAGAGCAACACUGAGCAAACCUGCCAAGAAGAGCACCAGUGAAUAGCAGCAUAGACACUACAAGGGAAAGACUGGACUCUCAAUAGAGCACAUAAUGCAAUGCUUGGGAAGAGCACCCUACAGCGUUGGGUAUAUAUGCAUUCACUUAUCGUUGUAUAGGUUUGUGUAUAAAACGUGAAGGAAGAGGCGAUUCUCACAUCAUAACAAAAAAUUCCUUAAAACAAAUCCUAAUAUAAAUCAGAGAUGAAUAUGUCUUGGAGGUUUCUGAAAAAGAGCGGUGGAAUUAUCCAUAAUCCAUCCAUAAUUAUCCAUUCUCCCAAUCCCCUCUUUUAUUUUCUCCAUAUGCUUUAUACACAGCCGCUUGUCGAUGUGUGACGGUUUACUUACUCAGCGCUGUUGGGUGCCCUUCCCCAUGAACAGAAUUGAGUGUUUCAUACAAUCACAGAAGUUUCCAGUCUUCCCCGUGUAGUGUCUUUUGAUAGCAGCUCCUAUCAUCAGUUGGAAAUAAGGGUUGUGCGAUAUCAACAGGAAGAUCAGUGUUCAUUGGGUGAUUUCAAGUCCGGUGUUGGCCUUGGUGUUGGUGUUGAAAUUUGGAUUGCUUCCCCUAGCUCCAAAACUUAUUCAGAGUUUGUAAAACUGAUCCAGAUCACAUUAUUGACAUCUCAACAAUUAGUGAGUGACUUUUCGGGACCAUCUUCGUUUUAUGUUUGGUGUUAUAAUCGUGUAAAAAUUGACCUGACACCAACACCAACAGGUCCACACUGAACUUGAAAUCCCCCAUUGAGUUGUCAUAUGUUCUGAGACAUAAAUUAAAAAUCAUGCCCACCUCCACGUGGCAGGUUCAAGCUAUUCUCCCAUUGGCCCAUGUUCAAAAUUCCAGUUUAAUUUUCACCAUGGUCUACCUCUAUGAAAGUUAUGAGAAAGUGAAAAUGUGUACAUAUUGUUCACAUUGUAUGUUUCUUAUAUUUCCUUUUUUGUUUCCCCCUGCUUUAAAUGAUGAAGCAAACCAUACCCAGACAGUUUUGAGCACUUUGAGGUUCAAAUGAGUUGAUAAAUUGAACCUGUAUUUUCAGAGAUUUGUGUUCACCUUAAAUUAAUGUCCAUUAAUUAACUUUAGACUAGAGUUGUGAUUAAACCAACGUUCUAAAUAUGGGCCUUUAAAUUAAAAAACCUUUUAAACUAGAUCCAUUACUUACUGAACCAUUUGAUUGUGGCUAAACUUUUUAUUCAAUUGUUUAUGUUUAGUAACUUCGAAAGUUGGGGGGUGUUAUAUCUUGGUUGGAAAACAAGAAUUCUGUAGUUAUAAAAUAGGCAAAAUCAGCUUCAAAAUAUUAACUGGGUCCUGGAACUCAGAAUUGAGUGAUUGAUUGUAAGAUUAAUUUUUAUGAUUAAGUCUAUGUUCUAGUCAAUGCAAUCAAUCAUACAAAUAUGUCCCACAAUCAACUACUAAGCCUAGUGUUAUGAGGCCCUGAUCUUAGACUAUAAGCCAGUUCGUACAUGUAGUUCCACUCUGCGCAUGAUCAGAGGAAGGUUAUUUGUACAAAAGUGACAUGGUGGUUUACAAUUUGAUGAGAUAAGCACCAAAUUUGAUGUCUUGAUUAUUCAUAUAUUCUUUUGAAUUGUGUUUUUCAUUUACAUCCACAAAAAAAAACAAUGCGUCCACGAAUGACUGGUAUUUCAGUUCGCCAAGUGCAUUGUACAACAUGCUAUAAUAUGCAUUCAAAGUAGAAAUACAACAAAUACCUUCAUAGAGUAAUCAUUGAUGUGCUAUUCUAGUCACCUGGUCUAUUCGAUUUCUGCAUCCUGCUAUUUAAGGCAUGCUUACGUAAUAUCUUGCUUUGAAAUCUGCCUAUCGCAAUGAAAGAAAUGAAAGGUCAUAUGACCAAAAUUGUCCAUGAAGUAACUACGAACUGGUCUAUUAUGAUGUUCGUCAAGUUUUGAGCUGACUUAAUUUUUAUAAUUGGGAUGAGGUCUACACUCGCCCAUAGUUUCAAUUUUAGUUUUCAUAUUUUUGUUGGAAGUUUGAUUGAAUGGACUUUUUUUAGAUGUGCUUUAACAUUUUGAUUUUAUAAAUGAAAUGAUAUGAUGGUUUUCCUUCUAAAAAGUGGAUUGCAAACAUAUUGCCUAGUAUGCAGUGGCCUUGACUUUUUUAUUUGAAUGUUGCAAUUAGACAAUGAAAUUAAUUUAUGUUAGAAAGUUUGCCUGUAUGAGAUGGAUUUUAAUAUUUGCAGACAAAAUAAGAAAGAAAUCAUGCCGGGAAUGACAUGUUGAUCUAAGAAAGUCGUGAGGUUGAGGAAAUUUAGAAUAUAUGAUUAUGCCAAACUUAACCCAUUAGAUGGAAUGUGGUGUAGGUAUUGUAUUCAUAUACCUGCAAAUGUGUUUGUUCUUGGGAUAAUUAAAGAACCAUGUGACCGAUCAACUUCAAACUUUGCUUAUGUAUGCAUGAGCAAAGACAUUAUCGGACCAGUUUCCCAAGUGACAAGGUGGAAGGUAUUGAAGUUUCUUUAUAUCAGAAAAUGAGAUUGAUCAACUUUGAGGACCACAAAGUUGGAGAUGUCAAUCAUAAAAAUGUCACCUAAUUACAAUGAUUUAAAGGUCCAUCAAACAAUCAGAUGUCUGUACUUAUAGGAGGGGUCAUCUAAUUAGGAAUUAUAAUAGUGUUUUGAAGUUUGUUUUUUAUAAGUUAUUGUUUCACAGAUCUAGCAAUAGCUUAUGUAAAGAAAAUACUUUGUGUCGAGAAUCCAUUUAAAGUUUUCAACUGAAAUGCUUGAUGAAAGUGUAAUAUUGUUCGAAAAGUGUGUAAAACAAUUCAUUUUUGUAAUCUGUGCAUUAAGUAGGGUACUGUAUAAUAUGUCAAAAUAGCUUGAACCUGCCCUUAAGUCUAAGAAUAUUGUAUGUCGUAUUGUAUUAAUGAAUUUGUAACCCUUUUUAUCUUUCACAAACAUUGUAAGACCGGCAGCCCAAGAGAUUUAUUCGAGUAAAAGCUCUGGAGCGGUGACCUUGUAGAUCGAUGGGAGCAGGCCCUGGCCCUCACAAACAUGGACUGGUGCCUGGUCUGUGCUGUGGUCUUCCUGCCAACUCCCACACAAUUUAUGAUGUCACCACUGAAAGACUCUUCUUUUAUCAGCGUGUAGAGAGAGGCACAUGCCAUCAUCAGACAUGACAUACAUCUGUCCUAAUGUAAGUGCUUUAAUUGUGAUUUCAAUGACUUUUCUUCUGAGAGUAUGCAAUACAAUACAAUGAGAUUGUCCAGGUCUUGUCACUGUGGGUGAAUUCUAAAAGAGACUGCCAUUAUUCUCUCUUCCACUUUAUCCCUCAAUAAAAGUUUCAGCUAUUUCAAACUAUCCCCACCCCCACAAAAAACGGUAAAUUGUUAAUAUAUUCUUUGAUAUCUUUGUCACUCCUCAUACUCAAUGAUUUUUUUCAUUUUCAUACCCAAUCCACUCUUUAUAAUUAAUCUGACCCCCUCCCUAACCAUUUCCUCAUUCUCUUAUUUGUUAUAUCUCAUUCCAUUGAUCUCUUGCAGUAUCUCUGUUCUUGUACCACACCCCCUCCCUCUGAUUACCCCCAUUCCCCUCUCAUUCUCAUUACCCCUUCCACCUCUCUCUUUCUCUUCUCCUAUCUACAUGUUUAUCUCUUCAUCAAUCCAUUGAUUACAGACUUUCUUUCUCUCCUUGUAUUUCCCAUCCAUCUCUUACACUCAGUUUGUCUUCCUUUUAUGCCCUUUCAACAUGAAUUCAUCAUGACUGAUGUUACAAUGUUCUAAAUCAGCAGAAAAAAGUUCAUGAAUAAAGUGACAUGAUAUAUAUUCCUCGAUAUAAAAAUUAAAAAAAAAGUAAAAUUCACUUCAGUAGAAGAGUUUAAUACUAUACUUAGAUAUCUGUACAUUUUGCAAUUAAGUUUCUAUGAAUUCCAAUGACAUCCCCCCCCCCCAUCCCUUUCUGGAAAAAAAAGAUGUACAUGUAUGGUAAAAACUACAUGAAAAAACUUAUAAACUUGGUCCUUUGCUUUUAGUCCAUAUGGUAAAACCAAUGUAGGUGUUUAUCCAUCCAGACGUAAUCUCAGAAUUCGUGAGGGUAAGUGUAGACUGGCUUACGAAUUCAAUGGCUCUGUGAAGAAGGUUGAGACUCGGCAUAGGUCGUUUCUUAACACUUGAAUGUGCUUGAAUGUUCAUUCCCUAAUCUGAAGAAAAUAAAAAUGAAAAAAACAUUGAAAAAAAUGAAGACAGAAGACUUAUUAUCUGUCAUAGUAUAAGAAAAUGAAGUGCAAUGUCAUAUUUUGUGAAUAGUUCUAGGAAAACUAGAACAAAUUUGCCAUCUGAUAACCUCCAAGAGCAUGACCCCAUCAGUGAAAAGCUUCCCAGGUGGCAUUUCCUUCUCUCAUGAGAAAGUCGUUCCCAAGAAGUAAUUCCUCCUUGAAAUGAUUCCCACCCGGUACCAGAGCAUGACGCUUAGAAGACUGCUUCCUCAUAGGCAACUCUCCUGGGAGAAAGUGUUUCCCCAGGAGGAUAAAUCCUCUUGAUAUGAUUCCCAUCUGACACCAGAGCAUGACUCUUAGAAGAUAACUCUUGUGGGAGAAAGUGUUCCCUGGAGGAUAACUCCCCUUGAUAUGAUUCCCAUCUGACUCCUCCAGAACACAAAUCUUCUGGAGGACAGCCCUCUAAGAGCAACUCUGAGGCCUCACACACUUUCCCCCAGAUGAUGGCUCCCAUGUGGUGACAGUCUCCAGGGAGUUGUUCUAAUUUAUAGACAGCAAAUCACUUGUCUGUGUCUUCCAUACGGUUACUUGAUUGACAACCAUAGUGCAAGGUGUCAAUUCAUAUUUUGGCCUUUACGUACUAAACUGCUGUAGGUGUUACUUGAUUUACGUACUAAAUUGCUGUAGAUGUUACUGUAGGUGUUGCUUGAUUAAUUGUCAGCCAUAGUUUAAGUACUUGUUAAAGUUGUAACUUGAUCUUUUUAGCAGCCGUUCACAGUACUGUCACAGCAAUCUAGUUGAUUGUUCUGUACCACACUGGCAGAAACCACUUGUUUGAUGAUGCUCCACUAUUUGAAUAUCAUGCUCCGGUACCCCUCUGGUUUCAAGUUUUGAACAUCCCUCAGCAAUUGUUAAGGGUACGUAACCCAGCUAGAAAGAUCUCUCUGUUACUGCACAAGUAUGAAGCACUGAUUCCUCCAAUGAUUGUUUUGAGGAAGGUCUCCAUGCUUUAUUAGCAAAUUUUCUCUGCAAAAAUGAAAUCUGAAUAUUUCACUUGAUUUUCUGAAUAUUGGCCUUCUGGUAAAUGCCAUUACAGUUUUAUAUCCCGGAUUCAGUGCAUCUUGUCAAAGUCCUGGUCUAGAUUCCUCUGUUGUAUUCUGGAAGCAUUAUUGAUUAUUGUAAUUGCUGGUGAAGUUAAUAUGUCAUCACAGUUUAUGAUGACUUCUGAUCAGAACUCCUAGGUGUAGUGUUGCUUUAAUAUCUUCGGUGGACUCAACAACCAUGCUGUUAUCUGGAUAACAUUGGAUCGCUAUCAAACAGAGGAUAAUUCCAAGAGCAGUGUUGACCUUUGGGUCAUGGCUUUAGGCUGACUUCUAUAUUACAGUGACUGCUGUUUUUGGUCAGAUAUUUGGUUGCAACAUCAAAAUGCUGACAGUUGGAUUUUAGGGUUUGUGUACUUUUCUGUGUGGACUAUCUUGAGCCAGAAUGAUACCACAAAAAGACAAUCCAGUCUUUCCUCUUUGCAGGAACAUUCUUGCCAAGCGCCUCAUUGAUGAUCGCUAUGUCAGCAAUCUAAUUUAUGCUUACCGGGUACCCUCUGAAUACCUUGGUAAAUAUUGUCAAGUGUAGGCUGAUAUCAUCUGGGCAGGAUCAGUACCGUAGUGAUGUGUCUAGAUAAGACCACAGCUCAUCUCAAACGUAGUUUCAUUUUUUGAACGGUCAGUCCCUUGCUGCAUUAUGUGAAGGUUGGUCCAUUUGUUGCAUCAAGGAACUUAGCAGAUCAAGGCCAUGACACAUAGAUAAAAUUAGUAUGGAUGGGGUGUCAGAACCCCUUUAGCUUGAAGGAACUUGGGGAUACACAGAAGACUCCUAAGCAGCAAGCUAGAGCCUGACAGAGCUCAAAGACCAGCAAUGUAUGCGUUUUUAGACCAGAGACUCUAUCCAAGCAGAGAUCACUGAGGGUUGUGUAUGUAGGAAUUCACUGUGAUGUAUCCUUGAGAAAGCAAAUGUUUAGUAUGAGCAAAAGCUCCUACUGCAGGACAUUCUAUGUAUGAGACUUCUGAAUGUCUGCAGUGACAGUCCGAUGCUAUCCAUGAAAUAUGACAUUGCACUUUGCUACUAAUUAUUGAUUAGGUUUUAUAAACUACCUUUCAGGGGAUAUGAAGCACCCAGUGUUCAGGGACUGGCUUAUGUUCGCCCGCGGGGCUUAGAGGCUCCCGCUUCACAUACAUUGUUAUUUCGAUGCUAAGAUCUCCUUUCUUUCCGAGUAGUGAGGUGCAUUGGAUAUAUAAACACAAGCAUGUGUUUUCCAUAGAUAAAUGGACCACCCCCACCCCUCCCCCUACCAAAAUAUGCCAGUUGCCUUUUUGUCAUUUAGACAUGCAACUGAAUGUUUUAAUUCAUUUGGAAUUCAUAGAAACAAGAUGUAUUCUGUACAGAUAUAAGUAUCAACAAUAAUUUAAGUAGUUGAUAACUUUUUCAAUCAAAUGAUUAAAAGCUGAAAGAAAAUGGAAAAAAAAUCAUUUUGGUAUUAUGAAGAAGCUGGUUGAAUUGAACAUUAUUACAUCAGUCAUGAUUGACAAAUGUUGAGAGGAUGUGAAAGGAAAGAAGAGUGACAGAGAUGGUUGGAUAGUACAGGGAGGUAUAGAAAGACUGCAAUCAAUGGAUUGACAGAUAAACAAAGGAGAAGAUGGAGAAAGAGGAGGGAGAGAUGGAGGGGAUGAUGAGAAAGAGAGAGGAAUGGAGGUAAGAGGAGGGGGUAGUACAAGGAUAGAUAGAGGGACGACAAAGAGUUCAAUGGAUUGUGAUAUAUGAAUAAAGAAAUGGGAGGGGUUGUCAGGUAAUGAAAAAAAAAGGGGUCUGGUACAGAGACCAGAAAAUGGGAAUUAGGGGAAAAGAAUCAAUGUCGCCCUCAACGACAUGAGCCAGGAAAUCUCAUUGUAUUGUUUGUGUACUAUUGAAAAGUCUUCUUGGAAAUCACAAUUCAAAGCACUUUAGCUUGGACAGGUGUAUUGCAUUGUUUGAUGUAUGUCACGUGCAUCUCUCUACACGUUGACAAAAGGAGUCUUUUGCUAGUGAUGUCAUAGAUUUGUGUGGGUCUGGUUGGAAGACUACAUCUCAGACUGGAUAGCAGCCAUUUUGUGAGGGUCAGGGUUUGCCUUAUCGAUCUUGGUCACCUGCUCUGGGGCUCCUUGCUUGAAUAAGUCUUUUGGGCCGUCGGUCAUUUUUUUUUUUAAGAUGGAAUUUCCAAAUUUGAUGAUAUUAAAAACGAAAUUAAUGUAAUUUUGU